AUGAAAUUUGGAGAUUUUAACAUUUUGUCAUGGACUCAGGAGCAAUACAGACUAAGAAAGGAAAAAUGGAAGAAUCUUCAGCACCGUAAAGUCCUGUCAGUAAUUAUAAUCAGCUUCGUAGCUAUCAUUGCCUCAGUGAUUGUCUACUUUGUCAUUAUCCCAGCUGUUGCUGACUACGCAACUGUUAGGUUGCGAGUGCUGCGGGAUGGAACAGAGUCUUUCAAGAGAUGGGAAAAACAACCACUUCCCUUCAUAACCAAUAUCUACCUCUGGAACCUGACUAAUCCAGAGGAAGUCAGCAGAGGCAUGGCCAACCCGAAGCUGGUGGAGGUUGGACCUUAUGUCUAUGAACAGAUCACUUUAAAAAGACCAUUAGAGUUGAGAGAAGAUUCUAUAGUGUACAUGAAGACCUUGAUGUACCACUAUCGUGCAGAUCUUACGGCCCCUCGUUCACUAGAUGACAUAGUCAUAACACUGCAAGCAGCUCUUUACGGUGCUGCAGUGAUGGUGCAUAACAUGGCUCCCUCAAUGAUGGGCAUGGUUGAGAAAGCUGUUCCUUCGCUGUUCCCAGGGAUAAACUCUAUAUUUGUCCCUGUGAGGGUUGGAGACUACCUGUUUGAUGGAGUGGUUCUCAACUGUUCCAACAAAGCCUCAGUUUAUGCUCAGAUGGUCUGUAGAGCUUUGCCAAACAAUGCUCCUCAAACAAUACGGAAACUGCCAAACUCUUCUGACUACGCAUACUCAUUUCUACACCAUAAAAAUGCUACAGAGAUGGGGCCUUAUGAAGAGAUCAGGGGAGUGGAAGAUAUUCGCCAGAUUGCUCAACUUGUCAAACUGAAGAACCAGUCCCUACUAAACAUAUGGCAACCUAACUCUCAGUGUGAUCGACUGAGGGGGACGGACACCUUGAACUUUGCCCCUUUUGUAUCAAAAGCUGACAAGAUCGAAAUCUACAUUCCCGACAUUUGCCAAGUGUUGCCAAUUUACUAUCAAGAAGAAUCCGUUACUCAUGGAAUAGAAGUGUACAAAUUCUCAGUGACAGAUUGGCUGGACAGCAAAGAUGAAAAUCCUGACAAUGAAUGUUACUGUAUGGAAGAAAACGAGAGGUAUUGCUUCAAGAAUGGCGUUAGGGACAUAAGUCAAUGCAUGAACGCUCCUAUAGUAAUCUCACAUCCUCAUUUCUACCAAGGAGAAGCUGAAUUUAGAGAUUACGCACAAGGCUGCUCACCCGACCCAGAUAAACAUCUAAGCAUGGUGUAUCUUGAACCGCGAUCUGGUGUACCAGUAAAAGCAGCUAAGAGGAUUCAGUUCAACAUGCCACUCAAGAGGAUUAAGGGCUUCAGCUUUGUUGAGAAUGUCACCGAAGGAAUCUUCCCUCUAAUGUGGCUUGAAGAGUCAGUGGAAAUAGACGAGGCUCACCUUUGGCCUGUCAGGUUUGUCUUGAUGGCCGAAUGGAUAGUCAACUUCAUCUGUGUCUGUGUGGGUUCUCUUAUGGUGAAGAUUUUCGUCUGUGCGUUGCUCAGCUACCUUUAUCUCACCAGAGCUUGCUGCUUCCGUAAUAUCUCCAGCAAUAGAGUCACAGCUAUCUUCUACCACCCUAGGAGCUCGAGUGAUACUGACAGAGCUCAGCCGGAUCAAACUACCAUGUGAUUUUGUAAAAAAUACAAACACAGAACUAGAGUCAAGCUUCGGCUUAAGGUUUGCAUUGAGGGCAAAAUUGUUUCAUGUUAAGUUUGUGCUCAAGACUUUGUGCUAAAGUUUGAGAUUCGGUUGAAGAGGAGAGCAAAAGAGAUGGUUUCAUGAUUGAUUAAUCUCCUCGGGAUAGGAUUGUAACCAUUACAGAUUUAAAGGGUAAACUCCCCUUAUUACCGACUACCCUUCAUCAAAAUGUAGUAAAUCUAUUAGAAUUGUAAUUAUGAAUGUUAAAUUAGUUUUUCCCACAGGUUACCUGACAAAGUUGGCUUCCUUGUACUGUUUAUAGUACAGAAAGCUGCUAAUUGCUGCAUAUUUAUACUUUGUCGUACGGUUUAUAGGUACUUUGUCGUACGGUGUAUACUUUAGCGCACAUCAGGAUUCCAACGAAACAACAUAAAACAGCAUGGUUCUAUUAUGCACGUAAUCCGUGUACGCUUGGAAAUAGGUUGGCAACACUUAAAGAUAAUAUACUAUGAGCAGCUGAUUGAACUACGAUUUAACCUGUCAUUUUGUGUUUAUAGUUUCGGUAUUUCUGAACUUUCUGGACUUUUCUUUUAAACGUUUUUAAAACAUUCUUACGAUCUUAAUAGACAAGAAAAUACCUUUAAAGAAUUUUUUAGACGCGGAAACCACUUCAAAUUACAAAAAAAUACGGAACUAUAUUCUCAAGUCGCGGAGUACAUUUCUUGCCGAGGAAAAAUAGCGGAGUGAUACGGACCGGGUACUACUUUCUCUAGGGCACCUAUUUGUGUUGCCAGCUGAACCUAAAAACGUGUUGUAUAGUGUUUGAAAGACUAAUUAUUUAUAUGCUUUAUAGUGACUUUAGGAAAAAUAUAAUGUGUAACACGAGUGCAAAAGGCCUUUGCUGCACUCGAGAUCAUUCCGCACGAGCCGCAAACAUUGCUCUUGUGUGCAGCAAAGUGCCAC